GUACUGAUUUUAUCAUAAAUAAAAAUUAUAUACUCGCUGCGAUACGCGUUACUUGUGGCUUUAGCUCUAAGCGGACACAUUCCGACACAGUACACAGUAGAUAUACACACAGUAACUGUUGGACUACUAAAAUAAAUAAAAUGUUACUAUUAAUGUAACUAUUUCAAAUGUGUGAUGCUAUAAUAAUAUACUAAGGGAUAUAAUUGUUUAAAAAAAACAUAACCUACGAUUACAGCUUCAUAUGUACCCAAAUCAAGGCCAAACUUCGCUGCAAGGUCAAAUUAAUCUAAUCGAGCUCAAAUUUCAAUUGUAGAAUUUAGAAUUCCGACAGACCUUGCCGGACUGUCACACGGAGACGAAGUGAUUUUGUUGUUUAAAUCUGUAGGUACCCAGUUUCUAAUGUAUUCUUUAAACAAAAGUGGACAACGUGUAUUUGCGUUGCAAAUUCAUAAGCGUUAUCACUACGCAAAUGGAAAAUUUUCGACUUUUAAUAAGCCUAAGCCGUUUGAAUCAAUACCAGGCCUGGGGGCACUGCCAUUGAUAGGACCUCUGCAUCACUUUCUUCCGAUUAUAGGUACGAUUGGUCCAAAAACCAAUAUGUUUGAUGUACUGGGUAUUUUAGAAGGUAAAUUUGGACCUUUAGUAAAAGUAGAUGGCGUUUUCGCAAGGGGAACGAUGUUAUUUUUAUUUGAACCAGAUCAUUUCGAACAGGUGUACAGAGCUGAAGAAGCAAAUCCACUGCGUCCAGGAUUUCAAGUCUUAGACUACUACAGGACGCAAUUACGCAAAUCGAGAUACGGGGGACUUCACGGUCUAAUAAACGCACAAGGUCCUGAGUGGCGGGAAUUUCGGACUAAAGUAAAUCCAGCAUUAUUGUUGCCUAAAUUAGUGAAGCUUUACGCACCCGGUAUCGAUGAAAUAGCACAAGAUUUUGUCCACAGGUUAUCGCAAAUAACUCACGACGAUGCUUACAUAAAAGAUAAUUUUGAGUUAGAAUUGACAAAAUUUUCUCUUGAGGCCACCGCCCUAGUUGCUUUAGGAUCCAGACUAGGAUGUCUCAAGGACAGCUUGGACAGCGACCAUCCGGCGCACCGUUUAAUGAAAAGUACGAGGGAUAUUUUUGAACUCACUUACAAAUUGGAAAUAAGACCUAGUCCCUGGCGUUACAUCGCAACGCCAGCCUAUAAAAUGGUCAUCGAAGCGUAUGAUACGCAAUGGGAAAUAAGUAUGAUGUACAUUAACCACGCUCGGAAGCAAUUGGAGGAAAGAGGCUACGACAUACCUGAAGAGGAGAAAAGUGUGCUCGAAAAACUAAUAGCCAUUGAUGAGAAAGUCGCCGUCAUGAUGGCUAGUGAGAUGUUGCUUGCUGGAAUCGAUACGGUCAGUUUUGUAACGACAAGUUUACUAUUCAAUUUAGCGAUGAAUCAAAAGGUGCAGGAUAAAUUACGUGAAGAAAUACGUACAUCAGAGUCGAACUAUAAAAGAUACUUCCGAGCGUGUCUGAAAGAGGCUUUGCGGCUACGUCAUGUAGUUCCUGCGAAUUUGAGAAGAACACAUAGAGACCACAUCGUUGGCGGCUAUUACAUACCUAAAGGGAUAGACGUCAUAGCUCCAAACGAAUAUUUAUCAAGGUCUGAAAAGUUUUAUCCGCGGCCCGAAUAAUUCAUACCGGAAAGAUGGUUAGUGGAAAAAUCAGAUCCACUG